GGUCAUGUUUCGUAUUCUGUGGCAAAGCACUAGCAUUGUACUGUCUUGUUGCAGUGAGUGACUGCGAACUCACAUACUCUUGCUUUCUGGAAAGAUCCAAAUUUAUCACCAGAAUGAUUUGAUCAAUCUGGUGACGCAUUUGGGUUGUUUUUAAGGGGUACACAAAGACGUUCAUUGAGGAUUGCAGAACCAGAGACUGUCGUGCCUGCGUGUCUGACUGUAUACUAGCGCUCACAUUGGGCAAGGGCCUUGCAGGGUUGGGUGUGAGUAUCAUGCCUGGAGCCCAGGAGCGGCUGUGUGAGCUGCGCGAGGAGGCGUACUGCAAAGUUCUGAAGUGUUUCGUGGCUUCACAGUCAUAUGACCUGAAAAAGGAGCUGAUGCUGGCACAGCUCCGGACAGAGCUGAAGAUCAGCGAUGAGAGGCAUGAAGAAUUGCGGCAGUGCAUCAGCAACGAGGAGGACAGACCCUGGCUCAAGGCCAGAGCGCCAUCGGUUGUUGGGAUCUCCUCAGACUCGGAGCCGCCGUCUCCGGCGAUGGGGCGAAGGGACCCCUAUGGCGCCCCCCAGGGUGGCUCACCCUUCGGGCAGGCAGGGCAGAAGAGGGCGUCCUACCCCGGAGCCUUCCCAAAGCCUGCAAAGAAGCGCUUGAAAAAGGGCAGCGCGGAGCCUGAUGGGCCUCAACAGGCAGCGCAUGCUCCCCAGGGAGGCGGUGCAGGCGGGCCUGUGAUGGGCAUGAACCCUCUGGUGGGGCACAAAGUGGACAGAUACUGGGCCGAUGACCACAAGUGGUGGAGCGGCAUCAUCACAGACUACAACGGCAUCAGCGGCGAGCACUGCAUCGUGUACGACGCGGGCACGAGUGCGGAGUCGUACGAGUGGCUGACGGUCAACAGCUGCCCGCCUGACGAGCUGCGCAUCCUAGAGGAGAAGGUCAACGUCCUGGAGAUCCCAAAGCCCCCCAGCGCCCAGGGAGAUCAGGGAGAUACCAGGGGGUAUCAGGCAGGCGACCCCAAGAGGGGAGGCGGCCACGGCGGCAGCCGCAAGUCCGGGAUGGGCGGCGGCGGCCGGGGUCUUCACAAAGCCGGCAGGCCAGUGUUUGGUGGAGGCCAGGAUUCUCUAGCCUACCCGCAGCAGACCUACCUAGCGCAGCAGGCGGCACGGCAAUUUGAGGCCAUGAGUGACGGGGAUGAUGACUACGACUGACAUCAUCGCCUUCACACUCCACCUUUCCAGCUUGCUUGAAACGGUUUUGGACACUGUGUUUUAUGGCUGGAGAAGUGCUGAAAGUAAGAUCAUGGAAAUGUUGCACCACGGUCAUCUUCCAUAAGUGCUGUGCUUGUUGAUGCGUACAUGUACAGCGCCUGAAAUGGCGAAUAGGUGAUGGAGUAUCUGUUGCAAAAUUGGGGCAAGAUUGGGUUCAUGCUGGUAUUGCAGGGUUUGGUAACAAUUGCAAAUAUCUGAUGCAAACUUUGCUGUUGUAUGUGCGACGGUAGAUCUACCGUUCCUAGAAACAGCACAGCAAGGAUGUAUGCAUGCAACGCUGCGCUGUGUCGGAGUUGCCAAUUUUAAUGAGCGCUCAUUUGCGUUAUGAUUAAAUGAACAUAUGAU